AUGCCUGCAAAUUCAAUCGAAGAAGACUCUUUGCCUGCCGGUAGAGCGACUGAGCUCACAGAGGCUGUCGAGAGUGUGCUGAGAUACAUAACCUCCUUCCUUCGCGCUUCCGAAGAUGACUACAAUGCUCUUACCACUGAAGGACAUCUCUCGAACGGGUGUUAUUCCACCGGCAAUAUUCUAGAGUCCUACCUGAGCCAUCCAGAUCAGCUUCGCGAACUUCUAUCAUUGGAUCUUCCGGCGACGGGACGAGGCCUGGAGGACAUCGCAUCCUCGACGUCAACCCUUCUACGAUACUCGGUCAACACGUCUUCCCCAGGGUUUAUGGAUAAACUAUGGUCAUCGCCGUCCAUCCCCGGAAUUGCUGCAGAUUUACUCCUGUCCGCAUUGAAUGGCAACGACCACGUCUUUCGAGUCUCGCCAGCUCUCACCCUAAUAGAGAAACAUGUUGGGGAAGAGCUGGCCCAUCUCUUCGGCCUCGGCGACCCAAAUUCAGGGGGCGUUACUGUCCCAGGCGGAGCAGCAGCAAAUAGUACCGCCCUGUUGAUCGCACGGAAUGUACGAUUUCCACAUCUCAAAGAAGUCGGCCUGCAUGGCAUAUCGUCACCACGUCUGGUGAUGUAUGCGUCUCAAGCAGCGCACUUUUCAGUCUUUAAUGCAGCUCAAGUCCUGGGGCUGGGGUCACAUUCUGUCAAGAAGAUUUCCACCAGUACAGACGGCUCCAUGGAUCCCAAGGCUCUUAAACAAGCACUCGAUACUUCCCUAGCCGCGGGAGAGGUUCCCCUAUUUAUAUGUGCAACAGCAGGGACAACCGUUCGUGGGGCUUAUGACCCCUUAGAGAGCAUUGCCAAGCUGGCCCAUGAAUAUAAUGCCUGGUUCCACGUGGAUGCAUGCUGGGGUGGUGCCGCUGCAUUUUCCAACAAGCUCAGGUACAAGCUCGCUGGUUGUGAGUUUGCAGACAGUAUCGCAUACAAUCCGCACAAACUACUGGGUGUGCCACAGAUCUGCUCCUUUCUUCUCGGGAAGGACCUCCGUACAUUCUGGUAUGCGAACAGUCUGACUGCUGGGUAUUUGUUCCAUCAAGAUGACAACAUACUUCCUUCUGAAUUGUGUCCCUCGCCCACUAUGGCCGUAUUUGAGGGGAAACUGUCCAAUAGCAACGUGGAGAAGCCUUCUUCUUUCAACAGUGUUCACCACAAUUGGCGUACAUCCAACGCUGUUCAGAACGCACCUGAUCCCCGAGAAGUGUACGACCUGGCAUCUUUCACUCCUCAAUGCGGUCGUCGGCCAGACGCCGUCAAGCUAUACUUUCAUUGGCGAUACUAUGGUACAGAAGGCAUCGCUAAACAAGUUGAAGGGGCCUAUUAUGGGGCUAAAUACCUUGCCCGGUUGAUCGAAAAGGAACCUUCACUCCACCUUGUAGGAGAUGUGGAUGUACCAUGUACACAGGUGUGCUUCUACUAUGUAGGCGCAUCACUCAAAUGCACAGGCUCUACGCAAGACAUGGUCACACAGAACACACAUUUUACGCGUCUCAUCUCCGCGGGGCUUAUGAAGCGAGGCUGGAUGGUGGAUUAUGCACCUGGGUCGGGGAGACAGGAGCUAGGAGACUUCUUACGGAUCGCCUGCAAUCGCAUGACAACCCCUUGCGUCGCGGAAGGGUUGGUCCAAGCUAUCUUGGAUGUGGUUCACUCAGAUAUAGAGACUAUCACACCCCUGCACCAGUGA